AUAUAUAGACAGCUAAGCUAUUAGCUCCCUCCAACCCUUUAAUUACCACCCGAUCUCACCAACAAGCGGGGCAGCUCGAUCUUGAUAUAUAUAUAUGGUCAGGCUCGCCGUGGACGCAGGCUUCGCCGCCGCCGGCGGCUCCAUGCCCGACGUGAGCAGGAGUGUUGUCGGCAUAGCUCUGGUCUUCGUGGCGGCCGUAGCGAUCGUGGCGUUCGUCGUGUUUAACUGCGCCGAUGGCAAGGGCAGCUCCGGUGGACGGAAGCGGCCCAGCUAUGGAGGAGGUGGCGGGUGUGGAGGCGGUGGAGGUGGCUGUGGCGGCGGCGGCGGGUGUGGCGGCGGCGGAGGUGGCUGUGGCGGCGGCGGAGGUGGCUGUUAAUAAAGGAACAGAGCAUGGAGGAGAGGGCGUGUUGUGGAAACGAUAUUUCCUAUGGAAUUUCAUGCCCUCUGAUCUACACACCAGUUUGAUUUUGCUUUGCAGUGUUUUUCAUUUACAUCAGUCGUGGAAUAAGAAUAAUAAACACAUUGGUAGUUUUGCUUAUGUGUCACUAUAUGUAAACAUCCUCUUACAUGUUUAUGUAUUAUAUUAGCAAAAACUACCUAUACUUUCUUAUGGGUAAAAUGUACUUUAUUAUACAUAUACUACUCCCUUCGUUUCGGUUA